UUUUCAUAAAAUAGUCCACAGAGAUUAACAAAAUACAUGCGAGAGAUUUAUUUUACUUGAAGAAUUAUUUAACAGAUGCUUGAUGCUUUCUAAUUUACAACACGAAUAUGUGGUCCAAAAAACUAUGCGAUGUAAAAAUUACUAAUCAACAUUAAAAACAUUAAUUUACUGAUGGCGAUUCGGUGUUGGCCUGUUUUAUGUUUUACCUUAUUUUUUUCAAAUAUACAAUCAGAUCAAACUUCAUAUGGUGAUGUUGAGCCUGUUAUUGGGAUUGAAAAGAAAAACGCAGAGUCAUUUAGCGAAACUCGCAAAAGAACGUCAAACAGCGAUAACAAAGAUCAAUUUUCAAACGAACUCAAAUAUCGCGAUUUGAAAGAAGAACAUGAAGACUUCGUAUUAAAAAGAAACGUUCGAAACGAAAACAAAAGUAUCAACGUGAAAAUUGUUAAAAGCUAUUUGGAAUUAAUUAUCAAAGACCUACGACGUCAUAUCAAUCAUUUGAAGAGUUUAACAAACUUGAAAGAUGUUGAAGUUAAAAUGCGUAAUAUUCAAGAGGGUAAUAAUAUUCAAGAGGAUAAUAUUCAAGAGAGUAAUAAGGGUAUGAAUUGUAAUGAAUUAAAUAUGGAAGAUGAUCAUGUAAAUAAAAUCAAAAAUAAAAAUACAGGUUGUAAACUUUGUAAAAUAAUUCCCGCUUCAAAAUAUACCAGUAGCAACGGUAGUACCAAUUACAAAAAUGUUACGACUAAUGAAAAUUCUACUAUACACGUAGUUACCAAUAAUAAUAUCCAAAACAAAAUCAUAACUGUCAACAAACAGACCACCGAAAACACUUCAAACAGCAUUAAAAACGAUCGUACUUCUUUUGUUAAAAAUUUAACAUUAGUGGAAAUAAAAACUCAACUAAUUUACUUUAAUAAAUCAAAAGAAAGCAAUGUUCGUGUUGAAAAAAUGGCAAAUAAUCAGACCAAAAGUUUUUCCAUAGAUUCGGCUGAAGUUGACAAUUUAAUUCAACUAUUGACCGAAAGUAUGAUUUUAGACAUUACUGACAGCGUAAAUAAAAGAGCCUGGGAUGCAGUUGAUGACGAAGAAGACGAGGAAAAUGAUGGCUCUAAAACUGUGCAAGAAUCUUUAAAUAAGCUAACCGAAAAAUAUUUAAUGAAAAAAAGAAGUGACUGGAUUGCUUUAUUAAAAAAAAAAUGGCUUAAAAAACCAAAAGUAAAAUCAAGAAUAAAGAAUAAAAAGAACACAAAAGAACGCACACAGGAUAAAUAAUAGUUAUGUAAAACCAAAUUCUGCUAAAACUACUAAACGUGGUUGAAAAUAAUUUGGUGGAGACUUUAAAA